AUGACGAAAACGCCGGUCCAUCGCCUACUACAUCCGACGCGCCUCCUCAUCAACCUGACCGGUCUUGCCGGCUCUUCCAACACAACCGGCGACGACCAGAAGAAGCUCGACGUGAUCGGCAAUGAUAUCUUCGUCUCCGCCAUGCGCGGCUCCGGCAAGUGCCGCAUCCUCGUGUCCGAGGAGGAGGAAGAGGUGAUCAAGUUCGACGAGCACCCGAACGCCCGCUACGCCGUGGUCUGCGACCCCAUCGACGGCUCCUCCAACCUGGACGCCGGAGUCUCCGUCGGCACCAUCUUCGGCAUCUUCCAGCUCCCCGACGAGAUCCUGGGCGCCGGCAAGACCGUCGGCCCCGAGGCCCUCCUGUUGCCCGGCACCCAGAUGGUCGCCGCGGGCUUCACCAUGUACGGCGCCUCUGCGCAGCUGGUCAUUACCAUGCGCGGCGGCGGCGUGCAAGGCUUCACCCUCGAGAACUCGCUGGGCGAGUUCAUCCUGACCCACCCCAACAUGCAGCUCCCUCCCAAGCGCUCCAUCUACUCCGUCAACGAGGGUAACAGCUCGUACUGGGACAAGUGGUGCACGGAGUACUUCCACUCCCUCAAGUUCCCUGCCGAGGGAAAGCCUUACAGUGCCCGGUACAUCGGAUCCAUGGUUGCAGAUGCCUACCGAACCCUGCUCUACGGUGGUAUCUUCGCCUAUCCCGCUGAUAGCAAGACGCCCAAGGGCAAGCUGCGGAUUCUGUACGAGUGUGCGCCCAUGGCCAUGCUGUUCGAGAAUGCGGGCGGUAUGGCGGUCAACUCCCGCAUGGAGCGAUUGCUGUCUGUCGUACCAGAGAGCAUUCACGACCGUAGCGGUGUGUUCCUUGGAUCGAAGGAUGAGGUACAGAAGGUCAUCGAUACCUACAACAAGUACCACUAG